GGAAGAUGAUUCACACCAAGUAAUUGCCAGAUAUUGCUGUUUCUUCAGAACUCUCCUUGCCCUGUAGAUGUAACUAGAAAUUAACAGUUGUUUGAAAAAAAUAUGCACUUCUAUAAACAAUGUAAUGUCUGAAGUAAAUUGUACAAGAUUAAUCUAUUAUUACAUUUAAAUUACAUUUAGUCAUUUAGCAGAUGCUGUGAUCCAAAGCGACUUACAAAUGAGGAACAUAACAAGCAAUCUGUCCUACAAAAGUCAACAAUAUCUGCAGUAUUGCAAUGUUAGGGUUACCAUAACCCUAACCCUAAGUUCAGAUAGUGGCUACAGAAGCUACAUUUAUUACCUUACACAUAUUGAUUAACGUUUAUUUCUUUCAAAACCACAGCGAAGACUUUUUUUCAUGACUUCCCUCAAUAAUAAAAUCAGUUGUAAAGUUUGCUGACCAAGUUUGGUUUUGCAUUGUGCAAGAUACAUAAUUCACACAAAGAGGGAUGUAGAUGAAAAGUAUGUUAAUGAGUGGAAAACAUCUUUGAUUUUAUCUUCAGGAUUUCAGUUUCAAACAUUAAUUGUGUAGUUUAACUUUGCCUCUCUCCAUAACAUGAGUUAGAAGUAACCUAUAAUCAGUAUGAAAUAUUGAAAAAAAAAAACGGAAGUGUUCAAUUCUACAACAGUUAGCAGUUAAACCAGUGACACUGGUUGAAGGGAUUCACCUGUUUCAGUAUUGUACUUCAGUUUGUACUUCAAGACGGUGGACAUUUUUUCACAUGCAAAUUAAAUAAAAUCUUUGUUUAGUCUCCAUUUAAUUUAUUCAUUAAUUUUCAUAAUUGAUAAAUAAAUGAAGCAUUGUAAUCAUAACAAUGUAUAUUCAUUAAAUGCAUACCAAAAUAACAUCUACAGAAAAAAAGCAGAAUUUCAUUCACUUGACGAAAAAAUGUGUGCACAUAAGACCACUCCUUGCUCUUUGCCCUUUACACCCUUUCGCUACCAUGAGUCGCCUGCUUUGUUGAAAAAUUGCCUAGUUGUGUAAAGUAAACAAGUACAGAGUGUUCCCUGCUCUCAAAAUGAAGAGAAGAAUCAAUAAAUUUGAAAGCAAAUCUGCAAGAAGACUGCAACAGACUGGUCCUAAAUUUAAGACUGAAAACGGGCAGACAGUAUCCCAGCGGUGGGUGUGGACUUGGACUAAAAUGGGAUUUCUGGCUUUCUGCAUCCUCUUGGUGACAUUUCCAUUACUUCUGCAACUCUUCCCUGUUUCUGAUGACCUCAGUCGACCUUCGGACUUCGGUCUCAAUCAUACUAUAAAUAUCUACCUUAAUUCUGAGGAGGGGGUGAGAGUAGGCGUAUGGUAUACUGUACCCGAACACAGAUGGACGGAGGCGCAGGAGAAAGAUCUAGAGUGGUAUGAGAAAGCUUUGGGGGACGGAUCGCCCAUUUUCAUCUACCUCCAUGGCAAUACAGGAAACAGAUCCGCACCACAUCGAAUUGGAAUUGCAAAUGUCUUGAGUGCCAUUGGAUAUCAUGUCCUAGCUUUGGACUACAGAGGAUUCGGAGACUCCACCAGUGAACCCACAGAGCUUGGUCUGACUACUGAUACCAUAUACUUGUACAACUGGGUUAAGGCACGUAGUGGAAACAGCCUGGUGUGUGUGUGGGGUCACUCACUUGGUUCUGGUGUUGCAACUAACACUGCAGUGAAACUGCAGGAGAAAGGAAAACAUUUUGAUGGAAUAAUACUUGAGGGAGCAUUCAGAAAUGGGCAGGUGGCAAUUGAACACCCUUUUACCUGGUUUUAUUGGAAGUUCCCAUACAUUCAGUACUACCUUUUCAAUCCAUUGAAAGAUAACAUUUUGAAUUUACCAAAUGAUGACAAUUUGAAGAAAAUUAGAACACCUCUUAUGCUUCUCCAUGCUGAAGAUGACCAUAUAGUGCCUUUUUACAUGGCUCAAGAGCUUUACAACAUAGCAAAAAAUGCCCAGAAUUCUGAUGAGCGGGUCAAGCUGGUACCAUUUAAUGGAUCGCUUGGAUAUCUUCAUAAUGGCCUCUAUAAAGACCCUCAUUUGCCAAGUAUCAUAAGGGAGUUUGUGCAGUCACUGAGUCUGACGGCAUGAUACAGACACGCAUGAGGGGGAUGUUUUUACACCAAGUAAUGGCCAACUAAAUAGCUGUUAAUCAGGGCUCUUCUUUCUCUGAACUGUAAUUAGAACUGUACAUUUACAGUAUGCACCUCUACAAAAAUGGACAAAAAAUAACGUAUGUCCGAAGUAAAUUGUACGGGACUAAUUCUUCUCCCCUCAUAAUUAUUGUCAAUUGUCAAUCUGAUAAUUUCUGUAGGUGGCAUGAGCUGUGAAGUAUGAGCUGGUGUUCUAAUGGAAGUCAGAUGUGUAAAAGGUAAACAGUAAGGGAGACAGGACAGUUCCCUGAUGUGGCCUACAGUCCUUGAACCUCACUGUCACCUGCUGUGUUCAACUAGAGGGCAUUUGAGGACAAGUGUCCUAAAGAUCUUCAUGAUUUUCAAAGGGAGGGCUGGUACACUCCAGAUUUGGCACUGGAGCCACACAUAAAGUUUUCAAAAGCUUGGGGGUACUUUGACCAGUACAAGGGGGUGAGAGAAAAGAUACUGCAGUCAGUGCUGGGUAGAUUACUUCUGAUCUGUAAUCUGGUACUGAUUACAAAUUACAAUACAUGACUAAGAUUGUAGUCAGUAGCGUAAUCUCUUAGAUUACAUUUUAAAAGUAAUCUAACCUGAUUGCUUUUGGAUUACUUCUGACAUAAUUCUUGUUUAUUUGAUGUCACAUGCAUUUGAGUAGGAUAAGCUUGUACCAUUUUGACAUAGUGUUGCUUAAAUGCAUUAAAGAAACUUAAUGAGAAUUUAUAUAAUUUUUUCCUGCAUGUUUUACUCGGGCACCUAAAAUGUUCUUACUCUGACAAUUUUGGCACAUCAGACCAGUUAUAUUUGUGAAUCAAUGUCACAAAAAAAAAAAAAAAAAAAAAAAAUUUCAAAAGUUGUCACAAAAGCAAAAGGGCAUUAAUGUACAUUUUUGAAGUAAAGUACUAAAGCAGUCUGUGAAACUAAGACUAAAUUUGCAGCACUAAGGCAACUGGUUCAGCAUUUAUGUUUGGAUUACCACUCCAUCUUCAGUAUCAUAAUGGCUGGUAGCCUAUCAGGUCUGUGUGUGCAAUCGGCCACCUCCCCCCCAUCCCCCAUAAAAAGUAACUGUAAUCUAAUUACAGGUGCAUCUCAAUAAAUUAGAAUGUCGUGGAAAA